AUGGAGUACUACUAUGGAUAUGCAUCAGCUGCUCGUAAAUUAGCUGUGGCGGUAGCGAUGAUUGCGGUGGUGGUAGGGUAUGGUGGCAUCGGCGGCGUCGAAGCGGAUUGCGGCCACAAUGCAAGCGAUCCGGCUAUGGCGCCUUGUCGGAAUCACUAUGCCCUUUGCAUAGACCAAGUUAUCUCGGGAUUGCGGGACACUACGCCGACCAAGGAGGGAUUCUUCGACUCCAAGUCCGUCCCUGCAGGUGGCUUCCGCGGCAGCGUUACAGGCUCGGCCAGUUGUGUCCCGGGGACCAGCGUCGACAACUGCAAACACUGUCUUGCUACUGCCAAGAUCUUGCUGGACGAGUGCAAAUCGGUCACUUCUGGCUCCUUCAGCAACCAGGUUUGCACCAUGUGGUACGGCCAGAUCAUGUGA